AUAGCAGAUAUGGGCGUUGGUGGAAACUUUUGGGAUUUAUUUAAACCCUACGCGCGAAACGAAGGUUUUGAUUUCCUGAGGAACAAGAGGGUAGCGGUUGAUCUCUCUUUCUGGAUCGUUCAACACGAGACUGCCAUUGGACAUAAUGCUAGAAAUCCCCAUCUCAGAGUGACUUUCUUCAGAACCAUUAAUCUAUUUUCCAAGCUUGGAGCGUUUCCGGUCUUUGUUGUUGACGGGAUUCCUUCUCCUUUGAAGUCACGGGCGAGGAUCGAGCGCUUCUACCGUUCAUCUGGUGUUGAUGUAACGGGUACUUUGAAUUCAAACGAAGGCGUUUCUGUUGAAAGGAAUCGGGCUUUCACGAAAUGCGUUCGGGAAUGCGCGGAACUACUUGAACUCUUUGGAAUGCCGGUGCUAACAGCAAAAUCUGAAGCUGAAGCACUUUGUGCUCAAUUAAAUGGUGCUGGUCAUGUAGAUGCUUGUAUCACGGCUGACAGUGAUGCUUUCCUCUUUGGGGCCAAAUGUGUGAUAAAAAGCGUGCGACCAAACUCCACAGAACCGUUUGAAUGCUACUACAUGUCAGACAUUGAAGCUAGUCUUGGGUUGAAGAGGAAACACUUGGUAGCCAUAUCUCUUUUGGUUGGAAAUGACCAUGAUCUAAAUGGGGUGCAAGGAAUUGGGCUUGACACAGCUCUACGCUUUGUCCGGAUGUUUCCAGAGGAUGAGAUUUUGAGCAGGCUCUAUGAAAUAGGCAAUGGGGAGAUACCAUUGUUUCAGGAUGGUGAUAAAUCUACUGGUGAUUGCUCUGGAUCAAGUAUGAAUGGGAGCUCUCGUAAGAUGAAUUCUCCUCAUUGUUCAUUGUGUGGGCACCCAGGCAGCAAAAGAGCUCAUCUCAAGCUUGCUUGUGAGUAUUGCAGUGCUGCUGGUAAUAUAAAUUGCAUGCAAAAGCCAGUGGGGUUCAAAUGUGAAUGCUCUUCUUGUGAUAUGGGUCGGGAAAGUAAGGAACUGAAGAAACAUGAAAAUUGGCAAAUCAAAGUUUGUAGAAAAAUUGCCAUGAAGCAGAAUUUUCCUAACAAUGAGAUGAUUGAAAUGUAUUUAAGUGACCAGCAUGGAAGUUUCACAGAUAAUGAUGGCUUUUCUCUAUUGUGGGAAAACCCCAGGACAGAGACACUAGUUGAUUUCCUAGUUUACCACCAACAGUGGAAGCCGUCCUACAUACGGCAGAGGAUGCUUCCAAUGCUAUCCACUAUUUUCUUGAGAGAAAUGGCAUCAAAUCCAACAGAAGGCUGCUUGUUGUAUGGACAAUAUGAAUUCAAUUCUAUUCAACGUGAGAAGAGAAGAUAUGGCCAACUAUUUUAUGUGGUCAAAUGGAAGAAAGCCAACACUGAUGUGGGUAGUGGUAUCCAUAUGGUCCCAACUGAACAGUCUUUUCUACAGACAAGAGAGUUGGUUGGAGUGAGUGAGUCUGUUGAGGAUGAGCCUGAUGUCCCAGAGAUCCUGGUUGCUGAUGACUGCUGGUUUCUGUUGACUGAUGAAAAUAUGGAGCUUGUUCAGGCAGCAUUUCCAGAAAAAGUUGAUAAUUUUUUGCUGGAAAAGGCAGUGAAAGAGUCAAAAUCACAGAAGAAGAAAUCCAGCUUGAAUUCUGGUGGAACUAAGGGAAAAGGUGAAUCAAAAGCAAGUGGUGUUCAGCUCAGUAUUACUGAGUUUUACCGUUCAGCAAAAGUGCAAGUCCAAUCAAAACAAGGGGAAGAUCCAUCGAAGAAUUCCGAAAACAGGGCAGAAAUUUUUGAAGGGAAGAGAAAUAUGCGUAGCCCUAACUUAUCGAAGGCAGUAAGGCGUCGCCUGCUCUUAUAGGUCAUGACCCUUAAUAUAUGUAGCCAACAUUUUUUCAC